UGCAGAUCCUCAGUGUGAACAGAGAGAAGAGAGACCAGCAUCACUGCAGGGACGUGACUCUACCUCACCACAGUGUCUUUGACUGGAAACUGCAGCACCAUGACUCUGGCAGCAUACAGAGAGAAGAUGCGAGAGCUCCCCCUGGUGUCUCUCUUCUGCUCCUGCAUCCUUCCUCAGCCCAGAGACGCCACAGUUGACAAGAAGGAAGCAGGCGUGGUGGACUUGAACCUGUGCAACAUCCGGGACAUGGAGGUGAUCGAGCUGAGCAAGCGGGCGAGCGGCCAGGCCUUCGAGGUCAUCCUGAAGCCGCCCACCUUCGACGGUGGCCCCGAGCUCAGGGCGACCACGCCUCCUCGCCAUAAACCAUCGCUGGAGGAGAUUCAGAAGAAACUGGACGCCGCUCAGGAGAGAAGAAAGUGUCAGGAGGCGGAGCUGCUUAAACAUCUGGCCGAGAGGAGGGAGCACGAGCGGGAAGUCGCUCAGAAAGCUCUGACCAAAGAGCGGCAGGAGCAUCGCGCCGAAGCCAACAAGCAGCAGCGGCAGAUGCACCUGAGCGCCUCACAGGAGCGGCUGCAGGAGGAGGACAAGCACAGUGUGGAGGUGUCUUGAUGGCCUGAUCACAACACAAGCUGAACUUUCUUUGGAAGCCAUUUUAGGGGGCGGAUGAGCUGAGGAUUGAACCCGGCGCUGCUCCGACUGGGAGGUCAACAGGAAGAGACUCUGGAAACAUAAGAGAAGAAGAAAGCAAAGAGGAGGACCGAGGGCGGGUCCGAACGGUCGACUUCCUCUAAACAACCAGGAGAUAAACUUUGAAUGAGAUGAACGACAGGACGCUUCAUCAUUCGAUGGUUCACAGGAGUUUUACUGUGCUUUGUUGCCAUGCCAACAGUGCCAAUGUGUUCAUGUGCGUGUGAUUGUGCAUCAAUCAUCGUCACGAGACUGAAAAUUUGUACACGACCAACCACGCUGACCCGACAUCACUCCGACAGAAGCCGGACUCAAACCCAAACAAGCCAAAGGACGUUUUACCUGAAACAACUGGACCGUCUGCACCUGGAAAUACAGCUCACCCGAGUGAAACAGCUCCAUCUGCUGGACACUUUCAAUCCACUGUUCAACAAGACAACAACAUUUGAAAGGUUUUAUCUCUGAAGUGUGGUUUUUUUUUUUAGUGACAUCCAAUCACGGCUGUAGGCCACAAAACCAAAUCUGAGUCAAUCACAAGCUCGAGUCAGAGUGAAACCACACAUGACAAGCUGAUGAGCUCAGUUCACAGACGAUACUGAGACAAUCUCGAGGUCGAAAACUAAUCACAGUCAAAACACCUGAAAACAGCUUCAUGAGAUUAGUAGUCGUAAAACAAACGUGGACUCCAGGUCCAGACAGUGAGGCCAAUGCAGACGUGUCUGAAUCCUGUCUUCUGUGUAAUGACCAGCAGGGGGCGACUCCACCUGUUGUUUCUAUCGAAGUCUAUGAGAAAAUGAGAGGAUACCACCGUGUGAUUGACAGCUAGUACCAUCCAAUGGGUGCAGGUCCCAGUUGUAGGUGGGCGUGUCCUCAAGCUCUCAGUCAGGCUCCCCCCCCGCUCCUCUAAAUAUGGUCGGAACUUGAUUUUGAAGCUUUAACAACAAACAGACGUCAUCAGGUUACUGCAAAAACCAUCUCACCAAACACUCUGGGGAUGAAUGAAUGAAUCCUACUGAUGAACAACUGAUGAUCGAUUGUGUCAAGUGUUUACAGCUGCAGCAUUGUGUGUGUGUGUGUGUGUGUGUGUGUGUGUGUGUGUGUGUGUGUGUGUGUGUGUGUGUGUGUGUGUGUGUGUGUGUGUGUGUGUGUCAGUGUGUUUCCCUGGCAACGUAAGUGUAAAGGAGUCAGAGCGUGAUGAUGAUGAUGAUGAUGAUGAUGAUGAUGAUAAUGAUGAUGAUGAUGAUGAUGUUGAUGAUGAUGACGAUGAUGUACAGAAAUCACAUUAUAUUUUAAACUCAACAAUAAAACAAUGACACUUUUCA